UGCUGAGAUUCCUCAUCAUCUGACCCCCAGCAUCUCUGAAGGCCUGCGAUGGAAGAUGAGAUCUCUCCAGAGUCCAGGGAUCUGGGCAGAGCUCUGUGCAUCAUCACAGGAGCGUCGAAAGGCUUCGGCCGGACGCUUGCGUUUCAGCUCAGCUGUCUGCUGAAGCCCAGAUCCGUCCUGAUGCUGGUCGCUCGAACCAAAGAGCAGCUCAACCAGGUGAAGGAGGACAUCAUAACCCUGUACGGUGGACAGAACCAACUGGAUGUCCGCUGCGUGCAUGCCGAUCUGGAGAAGAAGGAUGGCGUGGAAAAAAUGGUUCAGGCAGCUAAAGAGACUUCAGUGUCCGAAAUGGACCACUUACUCCUGAUCAAUAAUGCAGCGUCUCUGGGUGACGUGUCUCGCUUCGCUCUGACGUUCACGGAUCCGGCGGAGGUCAACCGGUAUAUGUCUCUGAACGUCAGCGGAGCGCUAAGUCUGACGGCCGGCGUCCUGCAAGCGUUUCCUCGCCGUCUGGGUCUGCGGCGGUCGGUGGUCAACAUCAGCUCUCUGUGUGCGCUGAAGCCCUUCCCGUCGUGGGUCCUGUACUGCACCGGGAAAGCCGCCCGCGACAUGAUGUUCCGCGUGUUAGCCGCAGAGGAGCCGGAUGUAAGAGUGCUCAGUUACGCACCUGGUCCUCUGGACACAGACAUGCAGCUGCAGGCGCGGCGUUCCUCCGGAGAUCUGAAGCUGCGGUGCUCCUUCUGCUCCAUGUUCUCCGAGGGCCAGCUGCUCUCCUGCGAGGAGUCCGGGGCCAAACUCAUCAAGCUCCUGCUGGACGAUGACUUCCUGUCCGGUGCUCAUCUGGACUUUUAUGAGCUCUAGCGCUUACAGCUCUCACACUGCAUGCUCACAGACGUUCCUGAUGUUUUUGAUAGAUUUGUGUUCUUUUUAGGUCUUAAAAAUCUGUAAUUUUGUUUAGAAAUACAGUGUUUUUUAUUAAAGGAAUAAAUGAAUAAAUGGUCAGGCA